AUGAUGGAAGAAACUCGGAACAACAACCCGGCGGAGGACUGUGCCAUCUGCCUGGACAGAAUUAAGGAGAAGAAAACGCUCGAGUGCCUUCAUUCUUUUUGCUCCGAGUGCAUCGACACAUUGUUCCGGUUGAAACCCGCCUGUCCGAUAUGCAACACCUACCACGGGGUGUACACGGGGACUCAGCCGGAGGGAGUGAUGCUGGUGACCCGCAGCUGGCAGAGUGUGCCGGGCUUUGAGGGCUGCGGAUCCAUUAUCAUACAGUACUCUUUCCCACCAGGGAUACAAGGGCCUGAGCACCCAAACCCGGGGGUGAGGUACAGCAGCACCUCUCGUACUGCCUUCCUGCCAGCCUGCGAGGAGGGUGAGAAAGUCCUGAAGCUGCUGAGGAAAGCCUUCGACAGGAGACUCAUCUUCACCAUCGGACGAUCCGUCACCACGGGCCUCAACAACGUCAUCACCUGGAACGACAUUCACCACAAGACCAGCAUGGAAGGCGGCCCACAGCGUUUUGGAUAUCCAGAUCCAGAUUACUUGUCCAGGGUUCAAGAGGAGCUUCGUCUUAAAGGAGUGACAGAGGAUGACUGACAGGCGAACAUGUCCUUCAUAGAUUUAAUACUGUGUAUUGUUACAAAGAUCCUUAUUUGCAAUCUGCACUUUUUGCGGAAUCAUAAUCACUGACACUUGAAGAUGAUUUUUUUUGUUGUUAAGUGCCUCAGUGGCAUGAGGGAUGGAGGUUUCCCACACGUUUUGCCUGUUACCUGACUAUGCAAAAGCUGCUUUAAACACAGUCGGUCCUUAUUUAAACUACCAAACAAGGGUUACAGUUCAGUGCUUAUUGUAUAAAAGAUUUUGCUGCUGAUCAUCAGAUUUCGAUCAUAUAAUUGUUCCACAGCCCGUUGUUUAGCUGUAGCACAUUUAGAAAAUAACCAGUAUAGAUGUUUGUAUCAACAUAGGGCUAGUUUUAUUAAUGUUGGACUCCAAUUAAAGCUGACAUUGAGUGAAUACAUUUGAAGAUAUGUAUGUAUAGUAUAUAGUAUUUAUGUUCAAAGGUUCAAAGGUUUGGGGACAUCCAGACAAUUCCACGUUUUCCAUGGAAACUCACACUUUUAUUCAUGUGCUAAGAUAACUGCACAAGGGUUUUCUAAUCAUCAGUUAGCCUUUCAACACCAUUAGCUAACACAAUGUAGCAUUAGAACACAGGAGUGAUGGUUGCUGGAAAUGUUCCUCUGUACCCCUAUGGAGAUAUUCCAUUAAAAAUCAGACGUUUCCAGCUAGAAUAGUCAUUUACCACAUUAACAAUGUCUAGGCUGUACUUCUGAUUCAUUUAAGGUUAUUGUCACUGAAGAAAACAGCUUUUCUUUCAAAAAUAAGGACAUUUCUAAGUGAUCCCAAACUUUUGAACGGAAGUGUACCUUUAGGAAGAGAAGUGAGAAACAAUGAUGUGACAUUGUUUUAGGUCAUGUAUUAGGAUAAUUGUGGUGGUAACGUAGAUUUUCAUUAUUGUCAACAAAUCACACAAAAACACAAACUAGGAAAAGAGUGUCAAGUUUUGGCUGUGUAAUCAAAACCUGUAAAAAUAUGUAACUUAUUCCUGUGUAAUUUAGAGUUUAAUUGUUCUUCAAAAACCAGUAAAACGCA